AUGUCCGAGAAGAUACAAGGCCGCCCAUGGCAGCCGCACGAAGACGCCCUACUGCUCGCAGCCAUACACAACACUCAGGGUGAUAUAGAUUGGAAAAUAAUCGCCAAGUUCGUCCCAGAGCGCACCAACAAAGCUUGUCGUAAGCGCUGGCUGCAUUCUUUAUGUCCCACAGUCAAGAAGACGGCAUGGACGCACGCAGAGGACGACACCCUUCUACGUCUUUACGAGCAACAUGGCCCAAAGUGGGCGUUGAUUGCACGCGCAAUUUCCGGGCGCACAGACGACGCGUGUAGCAAGCGCUAUCGCGAGGCUCUCGAUCCGUCGCUCAAGCGCGACGAGUGGACGGCCGAAGAGGAUGCACGGCUGAUAGAGCUGCAAGCGAACAUGGGAGGGAAGUGGGGUCAAAUUGGACCUGCGAUGGGACGCAGUGGCUUGGGCUGUAGGAAUAGGUGGCGCUUGCUCGAGAGAAAGCGGACUGCUGGUAGCCGCGGCACUGGAUCCACGUUCGGGUCAGCAGCGGGCACAAGUUCGAUUACUGAGCCACAAGCUGGGUCAUCGGCGUUUCCACCCUUGCACCCACCAGUCGCCCAACAAGUCACACAUUGGGGUGACGAUUUGCUAGCUUGGGGGGCACAGUACCAAACAAUGCCGAACUCCGCGUACUCGUACGAGAACACCCAGACGGGAUCGACUUCGGCGUUCUACGCGACCAAUACUGAGCAGCAUACAUCCUCCAGCGACUAUAACAUGCACUCUCUUGAUGACACAUUCGGAUCUGAAGACUUCUUCGCUCGCCUAGACUUCGCGCAACCCCAAACUACGCAUCCAACCUCUCAGCGGUCGAGUCUUCAGGUUCAGGACUAUGGGCAAUCUGCUGCAUUUGGGUAUCUCUCGACCACACCUAUCGGUCCUGGACCCCUUCCGCCAGACCCAACUUACACUGAGUCGCACAAUCAGGACGCACAAUCACCCGCAAACGACGCGUUUCCCAGGCGCAUCUUGGACUCACAAAUCGACCCCGCACUCAUGCAUGACUUCGACCAGUCACCGCAGACUAGGCCACUGCCGCAGUAUCCUCCACGCGUAGUGUCCGCGUCGCAACGAGCAUCAUCCCCUCAUAGGAUGCCCGUACGCCCUACUACCCCCGCGCGACCAUCUGCACGUCCUUCGCCGCACCCAGAGCCGGCUUCCCUGGUCGACUCGCAAUCUACGCCUUCUGCUCUUGCACAUGCACAAUCAGUCCUGUUCCCUCAAUCCCCCGGUCCCGUAGCCUCACCAGAACUCCAACAACCGUCGCCUUUGCCAUCCCCGCCACCCGCGUCUCCUGCACAACCAGCUCAGCCUGUCACAGAUAUCUUUGGAGACCAACCUUAUCCCGCUCAUGAGCAUUCGCUGCCGCCUCUCGAAGCUCCCUCGCGACAUACUCAACCAUCCAUCGAGACAGAGUCUCACGGGCUACCACCGUCUACUACCGUAUCCCAGGCUGAUCACGACUCGCUCGUCCCUCUGUUCGUUCAGCAUCAGCAUCAACCCCGCCUGGCCACGCCACAGGAUUCGCUCGUUCCCGCGUCUACCUCCGAUCCGAUCCCGUCGGAAGAGGAGCAUUCAAUAGCUCAGGAUACACUUCAAAAGCGCGUCCGCAAGAAGCCCUUCCUGUCCGCGUUUUUGCCUGCGUCCUCUGAUCCAACGAUUCUCGCUUACGCAUGCGGGGUGCCCAGCUGCUGGCCGAACGUGAACUAUGCGACUUCGUCUGAGCUCGCAGAGCACGGGCGCGUCAUACACCCUACGCUCGUGGACAUGCUAUCGGAUCCAGAACUCAAGCCGUUUCGAUGUUCUCUCGCGGGGUGCAACAAGAGCUGGAAGAGCCUGAAUGGACUGCAGUAUCAUCUUCAAGUCUCGAGGGAUCACUUCCGCCAGGCACUCGCAUCUGCGUCGCCCGCGCCCUGUGCGGAACCUCAAGCAAAUGGUCAGGUCCAGAAGAAGGGGCGCAAGACGCAUCCCUGUACGUUUCCUGGUUGCACAAACGUGUACAAGCAGCUCGCGGGGUUGCGAUAUCAUCUCAAGCAUGGUCAUCCGACACAUACUCCCGCACAGCUCGAAGCUGUGCCACCUACCUUGGCGAAGAAGAUCGGAGAGCGCCAAGCGCGCAAGGGAGGCGCGCAGGUGUCGAUGGUCUCACAUGGUAGUAACGUUGUGCUCACUACCUGA